AUGCUCCAAUGCCGCCGAUUAAUCUGGCGGCCUGCUAGGUUGGGCUUGAAUUUAUUCUUGCGAUCUGCACAUACCGCCGCCGCCGCAGACUCCGGCCUGUCUCCGGUCCUUUUGACGAGAGCGCGAUUGCUCGCCACCGAACAUGUGAAACUCUCGGAAAAAUUGGCAGAGGCCUUCGAUGCGAAGGUCGCCAAACGAGUGGGGGAGAUCGCCCCAGUUACAACAGUCCUGAAAGAAUGGGAUAGCGCGAACGAGUCGAUUAUCGAAUUAAAGUCUCUCCUAGAGCAACCCGAGACCGAUGAUGAACUACGAUCUCUCGCCAUUGAGGACCUAGACUCCACCCGGGAAGCCUUGCCUACGAUAUCAGACCGGCUCAAGAAGGCCCUGAUCCCCCGCCACCCAUUUGCAGAUCUACCAUGUCUCGUGGAAAUUCGCCCUGGAGCAGGAGGAGAUGAGGCAGGCCUCUUCGCAUUUGAGAUGCUUCGGAUGUAUAUGUCUUUCUGUUCUCGGCGAGGCCUUCGGCCAACGAUUUUGAAACAGGACGUCGAGGACGGAGCAUCGGAGGAUCGCCUGAGUGAAGGAGUCAUCGAGAUCGAGGCGGACGGUGCAUACGAUAUCAUGCGGACCGAGUCCGGGGUGCACCGCGUCCAGAGAGUACCAGCCACAGAAACCAAGGGCCGAACACACACCAGCGCCGUCAGUGUAAUGGUCUUGCCCAGUUUCCCAGAGAGCGGCAGCGGGGCGGACAAUGCCUUGAACUUUGAAGAUCCCAACAGUGACUACUAUAUCGACCCGCAAGAAGUGCGCGUGGAAAAGAUGCGAGCUAGCGGUGCCGGUGGACAGCACGUCAACAAGACCGAGUCCGCCAUUCGAUUGACCCAUAUCCCCACGGGCACCGUUGUCUCCAUGCAGGAUGAACGGUCCCAACAUUCCAACCGACGCAAGGCCUGGCAGGUGCUACGAGCCAAAAUCGCCGAGGCGCGCCAGGAAGCGCGCGAGCAGGAAUUGGUCCAAUUGCGCCGCGGUGCGAUGGGUGGAGUGGCUCGGAUGGGUCGCGGAGACAAGAUUCGCACAUACAACUAUGGGCAGAGCCGUUGUACCGAUCAUCGGAGCGGUACCACGAUUCACAAUCUUGACGGUGUCCUCGAUGGCGGCGAUGGCUUGGAGACGGUUAUGGAAAGCGUACGCACCUGGAUGGCUGACCGUGAUGUUGAGACCAUGGUAGCAGAAGAACUGCUAAAGGAGGAAAAGACGAAGAAGAAGUAA